AUGGACAAACUCCUAUGGCAAUGUCGCAUUAUGCCACACACUACCACGGAUCAUUCACCGUGUGAACUGCUGAUGGGACGACGACUGCGCCCUCGACUGGAUCUGAUUAAACCCAAUCUGCAUCGAACCGUCAGUAAACGCCAGUCUAUGAUGAAGCAACGCUACGACAUGAAAAUGAAGGAUCGUGUAGUCGAGGCAGAUGACAGAGUGUAUGUUAAACUGUGGCAAAGGGAUAAAACUUGGAUCCGAGGAGUUACUGGAUCAACCAGACGUAGUGUCGUGGGAGCGGAAUUGGAAGAAGUACGAAUGCUUCGAAGUCAUUUGCACAAA